ACAACAGCUGGACAUCAGUCAGCAUGCUGGGAUCUUUGAUUCUCCUGUGGAUAUGCAUCUUCUUCAUCUUCCUCCUAGUCCGGAUCCAAAGGCCGAAGAAUUUUCCUCCAGGACCUCGUCCUUUGCCAGUUUUUGGGAAUCUGCUUCAUGUGAACAUGGCCAAUCCUUUGAAGGAUUUGGAAAGAUUUGCAGAACGAUAUGGGAAUAUUUUCAGUCUGUAUACUGGAUCAAGACCAGCAGUUUUUCUGAAUAGUUUUAAGGUUAUCAAGGAAGCUCUGGUGACAAAGGCUCAAGACUUCUCAGGACGGCCUCAAGACUUCAUGAUCAGUCAUAUCUCGGAAAAUAGAGGUGUUGUAUUGGCUAACUAUGGCCCCCUUUGGAAGGAUCAUCGACGCUUUGCUUUGAUGACCAUGAGGAACUUUGGCCUGGGGAAGCAGUCCAUGGAGGAGAGAAUUCUGGGAGAGAUUUCACACAUUGUUGCUUACUUAAACAAAAAUGCUGGAGGAACUGUGAAUCCUCAAAAUAUGUUCCACCAACUUGCAUCAAAUGUUAUCGGCUUGGUUCUGUCCGGAUCCCGUUUUGAUUACAACAAUACAUUCCUCCAGAGCUUCGUUCAGCUCUUUACAGAGAUUGCAAAGAUCCUCAAUGGACCAUGGAUGGAACAUGGUAAGAUUUUAGAUACAUUAAAUUUUCUAUAAAGCCAAUGAUUAAACUAUGAUGUUACCUGCUAUUGCUAAUCAGAGGAAGUUGGUACAGUUGGCUAAUAGGGGGAGGGACAUUCUCAUUCUAGAGAGCAUCUGAUUGGACAAAAUUAUGUAUAGUGCAGUAUGAGUCAUGAAUGUAUAAUUGGUCUUUUUCUGUCAAAUUUAAGCCUGUAUAACUUCUAAAUAUGUAUUUUCGUCAACAUCUAGAGAUUUCACAUCUAGCACAGAUUUCACUAUUGUAGGCUACUCUGAUUCUGUAAGUGAAAGUAAAUCAUAUGAAAAUAUAUUUAAAGCACUUUUUACUCAGGUAUAAAGAGUGAUACAUUUCUAAAUGCUUUAUUUUUGGGGGAUAGGAUCAUAACUGUAUUAUUUAUGUGGUGAAUCACUGCUUUUGAAUGUAAGGGUUUCAGCUCUUGUGUUCACACAUUUCAAAUGAUUCCAGAUCUGCUAUUGAUUAGUAGAUAUAAAACUCCUUACUGGCUGUACUCCAGGCAGUAUGUCAAUAAAUUAUU